AGGCAGGGUUUGUCUUAAUGCGGGUGGGAAAGUAAAUUCAGUGUCUGGUGUGGAUUCUCAAGACCAGGCGGUUUUAAAACAAGUGUUGAUAGUGAGAAAUCACGAGCAAAAAAAAAUCUCUUUCAGCUCUAUCAGAAAUCAGUGCAGUAUACUGAGCACAUCGAGGUGUAGAGGAUAUCAGUGUGUGAGCUGCUUUCAGUGACUGUGGUUACUGUCUUUCAUUGCAUCAGCAACAACGUGCUGGAGAGAUAAGUGCAGGAUUCUGAGCUGAACUUAAAAGCUUCACUUCUGCAAGAGCUCCUGGUUUAAUAUAUUUGCUCCACACACUCGGGUUUGGAAACACACAAGCCAGGAAUCUGCAGGAUGGAUGAAGGAGAGUUGGUCGAGUAUUUCAGGAAGCAGAUGAGCCAAGAUCCAGAUGUGGCCUCUGCAGUGGCAGCGAUCCGCUCUCUCCUGGAGUUCCUGAAGAGGGAUCAGAGUGAGACCAUCGUGGGCCUGAGAGAGAAUUUGACCAAAGCCAUCGGCAGGCUGGAGGAGGCCGAUUCCUCUGUGGCUGUGUCCUCAGGAGGAGAACUCUUCCUUCGCUUCAUCAGCCUCACCUCGCUGGAGCAUGAAGAUCUCUCCAAGUGCAAGAAUGUGAUGGUGGACAGAGGAGAACUAUUUCUGAAGAAGACGUCCUUGUCCCGAGGCAAAGUGGCCAAACUCUGCCACACAUUUAUUAAAGACGGGGCUAAAAUCCUCACACACUCCUCAUCGAGGGUUGUGCUGAAAGUUCUGGAAAGUGCAGCGGCUGACAAGAAACGUUUUACCGUCUAUGUGACAGAAUCCCAGCCCGAUUCUUCUGGUCAACGCAUGGCUGAAAAGCUGCGAAGACUCAAUAUCCCAGUCACAGUAGUGCUCGAUGCUGCAGUCGGAUACAUCAUGGAGAAGGUAGACCUGGUCAUUGUCGGUGCUGAGGGGGUGGUUGAAAGCGGAGGCAUUAUAAAUAAGAUCGGCACCUACCAGAUGGCGGUGUGCUCCAAAGCGCACAACAAGCCGUUUUACGUGGUGGCGGAGAGUUUCAAGUUUGUGCGUCUUUACCCGCUCAAUCAGCAAGAUGUGCCUGAUAGGUUUAAGUAUAAAGCAGAUACGCUGAAAACCGCAGAGGAUUUUAACCAGGAGCAUCCGAUAAUUGACUACACACCUCCAUCGCUCAUCACUCUACUCUUUACUGACCUGGGUGUGUUGACGCCCUCGGCGGUCAGCGACGAGCUCAUCAAGCUCUAUUUGUAAUGCUCUCACCCUAAGGGCCAUUACAGAGACACACAAUCAAAUCAAGAUCCUCCUUGACCUUGAUGCAAAUCCACAAUGUCCUUGAUUUAAAUAAUCAGGUCAAUCUGCCACUCAUGUACUAGAUGUACAGGUGAAAACUUUUUUUUUUUUUUUACUGUGUACAGGAAACAUGAAAUAUGGCAUAUAUCCUGGACAAUUGCAUCCUCAGUUCUUGCAUCUUUCCUACUUAAAAAAAAAUAAAAAGCUGGGAAAAUA